GACCAGAGAGCCAGAGAGAGGGAGGGAGUUGGAUUACCGCGUUCGCGUCGGGUUUGCUACCGCGGAACCGCAGAAGACCGGCCGCCUCCGAAGGAACCGGUUGCGCGUGUGUUGUCGCGAAAGGGGCAACGAGAGUCCAGGAGCUGCCAGACCCAUCACGAGCGAGCCAUGAGCGGCCAGAGCGUGGAUGUGGUCUGGGACCCGCAGACCCAAACCAACUCGUUAGAGGGCUGGGAUUACUCUAUCGAGCUCGCGUACCUCAAGAGCCUCAAGGGCUCCUCUUCCGAAAGUAAUCUUCAGUUGGCGGCGGAGCUCGGCAAGACUCUAUUGGAGCGGAAUAAAGAGCUGGAGAACAUCAUCAAGCUGCACCAAGCUACCGUGGAAGAGCAAACACAGGAGAUCGAGUACAUGAAAAAACAAACCGCCGCUCUGAGGGAGGUAAACAAUACACGGUUGAAAGUCUACGAGCAGCUGGAAGUUAGCGUACAGGAUCUGGAACGUGCGAAUCAUCACCUGGUGAUCGAGAACACGAGCGAUAAGAAACUGAUCAAGAGCCAAUCCGUGACUAUUGAGAAUCUGGAAAUAAGAUGCGAGGAACUUCAAAAGAAGAUUGACGACUUGACCGGACAGUUACGUCAGCGAGCUGCGAGCCCGUCUAGGAAUAAUAAUGUUCAGCAACAGCAACAACAACAACAGAGUAUCGAUUGGGAAACUUCGGACACACAGGGUGGCAGCGAGAAACAGAGAGCUGCCCCGAGCUCGCCGAAGUCCUCCCAAGAAACUAUCGACACGACCGCGGCGAAUGAUGCAGAGAUGACCGAGUUGCUGAGACAGCUGCAAGACGCUCGCAGUCAAAGGGCCAGAGAGCAGAAGAAGGUGUCCGAGCUCAGUCAGCAGUUGACCAGCUUAUUACAGGAGAACAGCGCGCUGGAGGAGCAGUUGACAGAGCUGCGUAAUAAGGCGCAGGAUGUGAAGAGUCUGCAGGAUGAAAUUAACACGUUAGAGGAAGUCAGACGAGGUCAAUUAUGCGGACGAUGUCUGCGCGGUAUGGACACGAGGACGCACGACGAGCUCUCCAUCAUGCUGGAUCAGGAGGAGUACGAUGACAUAAGUGUUGCCGAGUCGUUAAUCAACGAGAAUCAGCGCGACUCUGAGCAGCCAGUGCAGGAUACAGCCAGCAAGAACGAGUGUACGGACGAGCUGGACAGUGCGAAUCCGUAUCGAGUCCUGGUGGAGAAGUAUCAGGCUUUGUUGGAGGUGCAGAGACACUGUCAGCCUCGUCGUAAGGACGUGCCGAAUCCCGCGACAUGCAUGUCGUUGCAGGAAGAGCUGGAGAUGUCCGGCGAGUUCAACAAUUUCUAUCCCACCGAAGGCGCCGUUGCUGCAGGACCGGAAUCGAACAAGACUGCCGCUUCGCGAGCCAAAGCGUCCGAGAACUCCUCCGGGAAGAAACCUUUCUCGGCGACCCCGACAGAUUUCUCCGAGGCCGAGACGUCGUUCGGCUUCUCGGACGAGACGAGCAAUAAGGCGACGCAGACGGACGGCAGGCCGGGUUCGUUCCUGUGCUCCAUCGCUGACGGCGAAGACUGCAAGUUCAGCAUCUACGACGACAACAGCCCUUUCGAGAAAUUCCGCAAAACGCCCGAAUAUCGGCAACUGUUCAGCGAGAUCUUCGGCGUCUUGAAGCGGGCGGCCGAGGCAAAGGACGAGGUGAGAAACUCCCGUUGUUGGACGACCUCUACCACGUCCCAAACAACGUGCGAGGCAUCGUUCCAGGAGGAUCUUCACAGCGAGGCGACCGACGAUAAUCAGAGUGUCAUGUCCUCCAUGGUGUCGUCGGUGGUCUCGGAACCGGUCUUCAGCCGAGUGUUGUCGACUAACAGCCCACGUAACGGCCAACAAUCCGACAACAGCAAAUCCGGUAACAUCGCUUCAAAACAACCUGAUUGUAAGGACGCGGGUUGCAGGAUGGACUACGUGUCCGUUAACUUGCGUAUGCGCAAAAGUCCUCGGCGAAGAAGAACUUCGCCAAAAAACGCGUACAACGGGGCGACCGCGCCGGACGUCAUCCCUACGACGAACCCGAAAUUCGUGCCACCCAAGCCCAACGGCGGUGGUCGAAGGAGGUUCAAGCCGUUCAAUCCGGCCGAGCACGAGCACCCGGGGACGUGAAACGGCCAGCACGUCGCGUAUUCGACGACGACGCGGUCGAGGGACAACAACAGGCAACAGCACACAUGUGCGCGGACUUCGGGCGAGCAACAGCCGCAUAAUAAUUUCGAGUACAGGGAUUUCAAACCUAGCACAGCCUCCGAAGUUGCACGAUUGAAGCGGCUGGAGAUGUCUUACGCAGAGGUUCUCCACCCGAACAAUAAGUCUCGCGCCAACAACAACAAUCAUCAUCAUCAUCAUCAUCAUCAUCACCGUAGGAGUUAA